AUGGACGAUCCAGUCCCUCCAAUCCUACCCGAUGGCAGACUUCCCGAAUCCUUCAACGGCGCCCCGCCGCUCUUCGAAGAAGAAGCAUUUUUAUCGCCGGGUACAUUUUCCAGUGCGGACGAGUAUGCCGCCAACCCGCGCUUCCUCGAAUUACAAGAAGAACUCCGCUGCGUCUUAUUCUCCGCCGUCUCCAGCCUCGAGCCUAGCACAUACGCAUCGCCCGUGCAAUCGGAGCCUCUCGACGGCCCUGGAUCCCGUACUUCUCGACAAAGCCUAGACUUUACGCGGGUGUCGAUCCCCAAAAUCAGACUGAUUUACUACCUCAAGAACUGGAUUACCGAGUGCGCGCCGUACUUGGAUAAAUUCGACGAAUCGCGCCAUUUUGGCGUUCAUAUUCCGAUUCUGGCGCAGCGAUCGCCCACUUUAUUCUAUGCCAUUUUGGCAUUUUCGGCGAGACAGAAUGAGCGCAAAGCGUGCCUUGACAAGGCUUAUGAUAGCCUAGAGCUUUAUCAGGAGUCGAUUCGGUUAUUGGCGCCCUGUCUGCAAGCUAAGGAUCCUAAUGUGCUUGUGACGGUAUGCAUUCUGGCUGUGAUGGAGCUGAUGUCCGUCAGUCCGCGCGAUUGGCGCCGCCAUGUCGAGGGAUGCGCUGCGCUCUUUGACUCGUUCAGUGUGAAUGGUCUCUCAGGAGGUCAUUUACAAGCCGUAUUCUGGUGCUACGCGCGCAUGGAACUCUGUGGCGCGAUUAUCUCCAACGGCGCCGAGAGCACCGUCUUGCCACUCGAUAAAUGGGUGCCUGCGAUGCCGGAAAUAACCUGUCCGAAAGAGCGGGAAACGAUGAUUCGAGAUUUAUUUUGCCAAAAAGGCCACGCGUCGCCAGAUAUGCACGCCAACUGGGCCGUCUACCUCUGCGCAAAGACAUGCGACCUUGCCUGCCGACAGACAAGGCACCUCGAGCUGGGUGAAAUGGUAGAUGACACUCGCUCCUUCCUCGAGCAAUGGACCUGCCUCUGGGAUGAACUGCAGUACUGGAUGGAACAACGGCCUCCCGCCAUGCUACCGAUUAAAACGACAGGCAUCGGCGGCGGGCAAAUUUUUCCCGAGAUUCUAUUCGCGCACUGGGCUGCUAUUUCGGGGAAUCAGUUAUACCACGCUUCAUGUAUCAUGAUGCUGGAUAUGAAGCCCCCGGAAAAGAUUCUUCCGCCGGGCAAGCCUCAGUAUUCGGCUAUCUGGCAUGCGCGACGAGUGUGCGGCAUUUCGCUUACGAACCCCCACAGUGGGAAUUUGAUUAACGCUAUUCAGCCACUAUACAUUGCCGGGAAACUUCUCAGUCAUCAUAGUGAGCAUGUUGAGGUGGCAAAGUUGUUUAAAAUUGUUGAAGAGACGACUGGUUGGGGGGCGCUUUGGCGGUUGAAGGAUCUUGAGAGAGCUUGGGGGUAUGAGCCGGGUGAAAUUCUGGCGGCGAUUUGA